AUGGCUGGAGUCGCGGCCCGGCUGGCGCGGGAUCGGGAGGCGGCCGACGGGGUGGGCUCCCACGAGCGGGCCAUCAAGUACCUCAACCAGGACUACGAGGCGCUGCGGGACGAAUGCCUGGAGGCCGGCACCCUCUUCCAGGACCCCUCCUUCCCUGCCGUCCCUGCCGCGCUGGGCUUCAAGGAGCUGGGACCCUACUCCAGCAAAACCCGGGGCAUCGAGUGGAAGCGGCCCACGGAGAUCUGCGCGGAUCCCCAGUUCAUUGUGGGCGGAGCCACACGCACAGACAUCUGCCAAGGCGCCCUGGGUGACUGUUGGCUGCUGGCAGCCAUUGCCUCCCUCACCUUGAAUGAAGAAGUCCUGGCUCGGGUCGUGCCCUUGGACCAGAGCUUCCAGGAAAACUACGCGGGCAUCUUCCGCUUCCAGUUCUGGCAGUACGGCGAGUGGGUGGAGGUGGUGGUGGACGACAGGCUGCCCACCAAGGAUGGGGAGCUGCUCUUCGUGCACUCGGCCGAGGGGAGCGAGUUCUGGAGCGCCCUGCUGGAGAAGGCCUAUGCCAAGGUCAACGGGUGUUACGAGGCGCUCUCGGGGGGCUCCACCACCGAGGGCUUCGAGGACUUCACCGGAGGCAUCGCUGAGUGGUACGAGCUGAAGAAGGCCCCUCCCAACCUCUUCAAGAUCGUCCAGAAGGCGCUGGAGAAGGGCUCUCUCCUGGGCUGCUCCAUUGAUAUCACCAGCGCAGCGGACUCAGAGGCCGUCACCUUCCAGAAGCUGGUGAAGGGACACGCGUACUCGGUCACCGGAGCCGAGGAGGUUGAAAGCAAUGGAAGCCUACAGAAACUGAUCCGCAUCCGGAAUCCCUGGGGGGAAGUGGAGUGGACCGGGAAGUGGAAUGACAACUGCCCGAACUGGAACACUGUAGACCCCGACGUGAGGGAACAGCUGACCAGGCGGCACGAAGAUGGAGAGUUCUGGAUGUCUUUCGGCGACUUCCUGAGGCACUAUUCCCGCCUGGAGAUCUGCAACCUGACUCCCGACACACUCACCUGCGAGUCCUACAAGAAGUGGAAGCUCACCAAGAUGGAUGGGAACUGGAGGCGGGGCUCCACUGCCGGAGGCUGCAGGAACUACCCGAAUACGUUCUGGAUGAACCCCCAGUACCUGGUCAAGCUGGAGGAGGAGGAUGAGGACCAGGAGGACGGGGAGAGCGGCUGCACCUUCCUGGUGGGCCUGAUCCAGAAGCACCGGCGGCGGCAGAGGAAGAUGGGGGAGGACAUGCACACCAUCGGCUUCGGCAUCUAUGAGGUUCCGGAGGAGUUCUCUGGGCAGACCAACAUCCACCUCAGCAAGAACUUCUUCCUGACGCACCGAGCGAGGGAGCGCUCGGAUACCUUCAUCAACCUCCGGGAGGUGCUCAACCGCUUCAAGCUGCCUCCGGGAGAGUACAUCCUGGUGCCGUCCACCUUCGAGCCCAACAAGGAUGGGGACUUCUGCAUCCGGGUCUUUUCUGAAAAGAAAGCGGACUACGAAGUUGUUGACGAUGAGAUUGAGGCCAACCUUGAAGAGAUUGACGCCAGCGAGGACGACAUUGACGAUGGGUUCCGGAGGCUGUUUGCCCAGCUGGCAGGGGAGGAUGCGGAGAUUUCGGCCUUCGAGCUGCAGACCAUCCUGAGAAGAGUCCUCGCCAAGCGCCAAGAUAUCAAGUCUGAUGGCUUCAGCAUCGAGACCUGCAAAAUCAUGGUCGACAUGCUAGACUCUGAUGGAAGCGGGAAGCUGGGGCUGAAGGAGUUCUACAUUCUCUGGACGAAGAUUCAAAAGUACCAAAAAAUUUACCGGGAAAUCGAUGUGGACAGGUCUGGAACCAUGAAUUCCUAUGAGAUGCGGAAAGCAUUAGAGGAAGCAGGUUUCAGGCUGCCCUGUCAACUCCACCAAGUCAUCGUGGCUCGGUUUGCAGAUGACCAGCUCAUCAUCGAUUUUGACAAUUUUGUGCGGUGUCUGGUGCGCCUGGAGACACUCUUCAAGAUAUUCAAGCAGCUGGACCCUGAGAACACCGGGACGAUAGAGCUCGACCUGAUCUCCUGGCUCUGCUUUUCUGUACUCUGAGGUCAGCCACCCCGCCUGCCUGACAACUUCUAAAGAAAGAAAACCCAGGACCCAGCUUCCACAAAGGAAGACUUGUUAUCUGGACCUUGAAACUAUGAGAACAUUUACUUAACUGAGUAUUAUAGCAAACCGUGGAUACUGCCUUGAGAUAGCAGCACUUUCAGAUAGCCUAGUAAAAGCUUUACUUAUCAUCCUACUAUUCACCCAAGUAAGCUUGAAACCUGUAAAUAGUAUAUACUUUUUACUCUGCCACACGCUGCAAUACUAAGGAUAAAAUGCAGGGAGGAGUUGUUAGCCUGAAGGGACACACAGGCCUUUGAUGGGGACAAUGAAAGCAACCAUGGCAGAUGCCACAGCUGCAAUCUAAAAUCAGACAGCUGCCCGGUCAUUGCCAUGUCCCUUGAGCAAAUCGGGGGAAGUGAUAUCAGCAAGGGAUGUCGUCCCAGGUGCACAAUCUCCCCUCUACAAUUCAGGUCACACCCGAGUGCAGUUUGAUAGAAUACAGUAAAAGCCGGUCCUUGAGCUUGUAUUUGGCCUCCUGCACAUCGCUGUCAGAGACACCGAAUGCCGCCCUGAUGGUCCAGCGAAGCCCCCACAUCAAGACCAGGUGUCCAGCUGGGAACCCACAGGAUGGAGGCGCAGAUGCUGUUUGGGCCGCCUGAACACUUCCCACAUCCAGGGUCCCUGCAUGCGGUCGGGGACAUCGCGGAUGGGGCCUGUGGACUCUGGCAAGCCUGUUCUCUGGCUUUACCUUGGGAAAAACGCUAGCAACGCGCUAAAAUACCGCCUGUAGCCUUAUCUUCCGAAUGUCCUGUUCAAUAAAGAGGCCCGUGCGAUUGCCUCGGC